UCCGGUGAGGAUACCGGCGCGCGCCGGAAGUGCUCGGGGGGCGGCGCCGCAGCGCGCCGCGGGCCGCGGCUAUGCUGUUCUCGCUGCGGGAGCUGGUGCAAUGGCUCGGCUUCGCGCCCUUCGAGCUGCUGCUGCACGGGCUGGCGCUCCUGGCCGCCUCCGUGCUGCUCGUGCUGAAGGUGGACGGCGCGGGCGCGGUGCUGUCGUGGUGGGCGGUCUUCGUGCCCUUCUUUGCGGCCGACGGGCUGAGCACCUACUUUUCGGCCAUCGUGUCGGUGCGCCUGUUCCAGGACGGCGAGAAGCGCCUGGCCGUGCUGCGCCUCUUCUGGAUCCUCACCCUGCUCAGCCUCAAGUUCGUCUUCGAGAUGCUGCUGUGCCAGAAGCUGGCGGAGCAGACGCGCGAGCUCUGGUACGGCCUCAUCAUGUCACCUGUCUUCAUCCUGCUGCAGCUGCUCAUGAUCCGCGCCUGCCGCGUCAACUGACCCCGCUGGCCGGGGCUGACGCCACUGCCCCGCUCACUGGACCAGGCCCCGACCUGCUGCUCUGAGCCGAGACGUUUCGGGUUCCCUCCGGUCGCCACCCAGCGGCCUCGUGGCUCCGGGCCAAGACAUUUUGGGUUCCAUCCAGUUGCCGCCCAUCAGCGUCAUGGCUCUGGGCUGAGACACUUUGUGUUCCCUCCAGUCACCAUGCGUUGGCAUCAUAGCUCCAGGCUGAGAAACUUUCAGUUGCCUCAAGUGGUUGCCCAUCGGCACCAUGCCCCCAGGGGGUCUCAUGGCAGCCCCACAGCGUGUCCUGAAUUUUGGGGGCAGCGUAUGAAUGUCAGGAAGGGCUGAUGCUGGUAGCUUGAAUUGGGUGUUUUGUAAUAAAAAUGCGCAUGCGCCGCA